GUCAUUUGCUAUGUAAAAGUUGAAAGACACAUGAGCUUCAUUGAUUGACUAUGCACUCUGCAUUUUUUCAACAUCACAUCACAUCCAUAUGCAAUGCUGAUGCAACACACACACAUGCUUUAUCUUUCUCUUUCUCUUUCUUUUGUUGUCUUCAACCACUUCUCCAUUUUUCUAUCUACCAUCUUAACAUCACAACCAUUUCUUACAGUAAAAUGGUACUCACUUCAAAUAACAAAAACAAACUCAGAAAGAGAACAUGGGACCGUGAAGAUGAUUUAUAUAUUCACCUACAAGACAACAUUAACAACAACAACAUCAACUUCUUCAACAACCUUCUUGACAAAUUUAUUGUUAACAAUCCAAAAGCUGACUCAGAACUCAUGCAGUUCACUGAUGGUUCAUCCAACAUUAUACAAUCUCAGAUUCUUCAUCUUCAAGAUCAAAACAGAGAUAACAACAACAACAACAACAACACUGCUGAAGAAAACAACACAGAAAACGAGGUUGAACCACAAAAUGGGUUUUUAUUACAAAAUAUGAGGCCUCAUGGAAAAUCUCAUGUACUAGAAAUCGUUAAGGAUGGUGUCUUUGUAACAUACGAGGAAGAAUCAUCAUGUGAAAAUCAUAAGGGUAAACUCAGUGUUAAGAAAUCUAAAGGUAAAAAAAGUCCUAGUGUUAAGGGUAAGAAACUGAAAGGUAAAAAAAGAGAGCGUAAAAGAAAGAUUGAUGUUCAUGUUCCUGUGAAUGUGAAUGAGAAAGGUGUUGAUUCAGCUGUGAAAGCUGCAUGCAUAGAAGAAGUAACAGUGAAAAAGGAGAUUCAAGAUAAUGCUUAUGAUGAUGAUGAUGAUGAUGAUUUUAAAAUAAUGCCUGUGGAAAGUCCAGCUGAUAAUGAAGUCAAUCCAAGGAAAAUGACAGAGUUUAGAGAAAAACUCAUGAAUGAACUUAAUAGGCCUUACUCUAAAGAAGAGCACGAGAAACUAUUGAGAGACAUUAAGGUUCAAAAGCCGGUUCAAAACUACAAAGAUCUGCGUGGGCGUAUCAAAAUCUAUGAGGAAGAUCGUGCUGGAAAGUCUUUUCUUGAGCAUAAUCUUGAUCUUGCGAAGCAAAUAGAAGCAGCUCGCGAUGAUCCUCCCAAAGAGCUGUGUCUCCUGCGUGGAUUUUUCUUUUGGUUGAGUAAUUCAACACUUGAAGGGGACUUCAUGCCAUGGAGAGUUCCAUCAUGUUUGGACGAAUGGUACCACAACAAUAGAAAAGGAUGAUAGUUUGGUUUGUGUUUUAUUUUCUAUGGGGUAAUUAUGUAAAGUUGUAUUUACAGUAGGCCACUUAGAAAUGUAUGUGAUGUAAAUUAGUUUAAAUUUUUUUUUUUAUUAUUUUUUUUGCAAAGCUUAUGAAACUCAAUGACUUAUGAUAUACAUGUUAGUUUAACUGUUA